CACGCUCCUGCUCGGCGCCCGCUUACGUUCACAUGAGCUCAAACCUCCCGACAGAAGCAGCUGGACGCAGCUUUUACUAGCGGAAAAGAGUUGGCCAACUCAACUUAACGUUUUCUAACGGGAGAAAAGAGGAGUGAAACUUUUUAACCUGAAUGCCCAGCAUGUCUCAAGAUCCUGGUGUAGCCUUUCCUCAAAGCACCUCUACAGGGGGAAUGAAGCUGGAAGCAGUAAUGGAGCAACUCCAACGCCAACAGCAGGCCCGACUGGAAAUGGAGCGCAAGGAGAGGAAACUCAGAGAGGCUCACAUCAUGUAUGCUCAGCAGGUUGCUGCCCAGCAGGCAAUUCUGGCAGCCGCCCGGGCUUCCGGGGCCAGCUUCAUGGGCAAAAGCCUGGCUGGGGGUAUCCCUGGUGGCGGGUUACCACCCCGGGUUUCCAAUCAGAGCAGUGUAGACUCAGAAAGAGAGGAUGAUGAGGACAGAGGCAGGGAUUCUGGGGAUGACGAUGAUGACAAUGAGAUGAUGGAGGGAGAUGAGGGCAGUGAUGAGGACGAGGGAAGUGCCAGUGGUCUGGAGUUCCUCCGCAAGCAGACCCUUGCUUUGCAACAGAGUGCCUCCCGCAUCCCGGCUCGUCCAUUUGGCAGUUACUCAGCUUCAGCCCCUCAGAGGGCUGCAUCGCCACCUAUCAGAGUGAAGCAGGAACCCGACGAGGGCCUGUCUCCUGCAGGGCCUCACUCUGCUGCCUCACCUAAUGGACAGGCGGACUGGGGCUUUGAAGAUCACUUCAGACAGAAUGGGAGUGCAGGCUGGGCAGAUGAGGCUGACAGUAGCAGAGGGAGAGGAGAGGCCUCCAGAGACUUUGCAAAGUUGUAUGAGCUCGACAGUGACCCCAAAAGGAAGGAGUUUUUGGAUGAUCUCUUCACCUUCAUGCAGAAAAGAGGAACCCCUGUCAAUCGUAUCCCCAUCAUGGCCAAGCAGGUCCUGGACCUGUACAUGCUGUACAAGCUGGUGACAGAAAAGGGGGGACUGGUGGAGGUCAUCAACAAGAAGAUCUGGAGAGAAAUCACAAAGGGGCUCAACCUGCCUACCUCUAUCACCAGUGCAGCUUUCACCCUGCGCACACAGUACAUGAAAUACCUAUACCCCUACGAGUGUGAGCGGAAAGGCCUCAGUUCACCGAGUGAGCUCCAGGCCGCCAUCGACAGUAACCGACGCGAGGGUCGUCGUCCGAGCUACAGCAGCAGCCUCUUCCGCUUCUCUCCUUCUCCCAGCACAGCUCCUCACAUCCUUUCUUCACCCAAGAUGCACCUUUCGGCUCUGGGAGUGGGUGCAUCGGUGGCCCUCAAUGGCCUACAUGCUUCACCAGGACUUUCUCUGAAAAAAGAAGACCUGACCCCCUCCCUCAUGGCAACCAGGCCCUCCAUGGCACUGGCUCUGGGUCAGCAGCAGGUUGCUGGUUUGGCCAGAGCCGCCACACUGGAGCAGUUGAGAGAAAAGCUGGAGACUGGCUGCGGAGGAGAGGGACCCGAGAGGAAGAUGGCCCGUCUGGCAGAAGAACAGCAGCGCCUGAUGCAGCAGGCUUUCCAGCACAACCUGCUGGCCAUGGCCUCCCAAAUGCCUAUGAACCUGCGCCUGGGAGCCCCCACCAUCACCACCAGAGAGGAGAAGCAGCAGGAUAUGUCUCUGAGCAUCUCGACUAAUGGAAAUGCCAGCAUCACUGUCUCAGUGGAGGUUAAUGGCACAGUCUAUUCAGGAACCCUGUUUGCCCACAAGUCUAGUGGGGCCCCGGGGCCUGCUGUGUCGGCCGCUGCUGCUUCAGCCUCCCCUGCUGGCACCAGCACUAGCUUUGGUUUCUCUGCACCCAUGGCUCAGACCCUCAGCCCCACAUCCUCCUCCUCCUCCAAGGGUCCUGGUUCAGCUGAGCCUGUCCCCAGUGGGUCACCCUGACUCACGCUGCCCUUUGCUCCUGCUCCACAGGCCUCUCUUCCCCCGGGAGACCCUGCAUGAAUAUACAGUACAAUGAGAAACCAAUAAGAAUAACAAACUGUUGCACAACAAAUACCUCAUCAACCCUGUCAACGUCUUGGCUGUCCAAUCAUGAACACAGAGCCUGAGAAUAUUAUAUGAUAACUUGUGCCCAAAUGCACAGCUAUGCAUUUUAUUCAACACACACACUACAAACACACACACACACACACACACGCAUACAUACACAGCCACACAAUCCAUGCACAUUUGUUAAUCCUAAUGUACAUGCUAAACACAAUCAGCUCAGCCAAAACCCACUGACAGGUGUAGUCAUAACUGAACUUGAAAAGUUUUAUCUUAGAACGUUUUUUGUUUGUUUGUUGCCAUUUUGUUGUCUUUUUUUUUUUUUUGAUUUUGUGUUAAAAGAAUGAAUUUGUUUUUAGUUUUUUUUUCCCUUUUUACAUACCUCAAAUCAAGUAACCUGCAGUGGUGUCUUUACCUCAGGAGCUGUAGUAUAUUUAACCUGAAUCAACUUUAUUUUUGUAUUCUUUAUGACCUUGCUGCAAUCAGGGAAGUCGGGUAAUCUCUCACCGGUGGCACCUCGUGUACAGAGCGCCCACCUCACAGUGACAGGCCUCCAAUCUGGCCAGCUCAGGUUUCUUUACCAUGCUGUAGCCACGUUGCUGAACUAACCGGUGAAUGAUCAGAUGCUGUAGAUCAGCACAUUACAUACCUCAUACCUCAUCCACGCUCAGUAUAUAUUAUGUCAGCUCCAUUAUAGGAGGGCUGGAUGUACAAACCUUAAAUUCAGCCUCCCACAAGUCUGCUAAAGCUGUCCCUAAAAAUGCACAAAUCAGAGGGAAGAGCAACUCUGAUCGUCUGCCUGCAACAAACCCAGCUGAUGCUGAGCUCCCUUUGUAUUUUACAGCGCGGUAGCACUGAGGCCACCCCCUGCUACAGAAUCAAGUGUGAGUUUGUUGUUACUCAUUUUGUGUGUGCAUCCCUCCUCCAGCUGCAGCCACGGAGCUGAAUGUCCAUCAACAAGUAGUUCUCAGACCUCAUACUGGCCUCUCCACUCUGGAGGGGGGCAUCUCUCUCUCCCUCUCUCUCUCAGGAAGCAAUGUGACAGCUGUAAGGAAUCACUGUUGAAUUAAAGGGAAAAAUAAGGAUUUGUACCUGAUGAAUGCACAAGUCUUCGUGACUGUUUCAAGAAUACCUCAUCUGACUCCAUAAAAAAGGGGAGUUACGCUAUAUACCUCAUAUGGCUGUAAAGCCAAGGAGACUUGACGCCCCAAACCUGUGAUGGAAACCGUUCCUUAACUGACCUAAAAGUACUGACACGACGCUGGUGGUUUUGGGACAAACAGAACUGGGAUGGGCUUAUAUCUCCCUUCUCCUGUAUUUACCUGUAGAAAUAUCUUGUUGUUCUUUUCCUGUUUUUCUUUUUCUUUUUUUCCCUGUUCCUCAAAGUAUUGUCUGAGAAGAAUCCGAUAUCUGCAUCAUUUUCAGGGAAGAGGAAAAGAGCAGUCGGUUGCUCACUGACGGCUGUAGUUUUGUAGGAUUGACGAAAGAUUUCAAGGUCACAGGGGUCUACGAAGGUUUUUUGUUUUGAAAGGCCAUGCUUACCUUAAAUUUGAAUGCAAAUUUCUGAAUCGCAGUUAAUGUCUUCUUUCACAAUAGCGGCGAAAAUAAUAUGCAUGUGUACAAUCAUGUGACCAGCUUUAACACCCUUGUCCUUUCUGGUUCACGUUCGACUGUGGUUAUUGCACAGCUGGAUACCAAAGACUAGCCCAGUCACUCCUCGAGAAUGAUCCCUCAUAUUAUCCUGCUCGCACCCACUGUGGCGCACAGAACAGCAUUUCAAGGUUUGUUUUGGACCGGACAAAAAUGUUGCAUCUAAUCUUGUUUAAUCUAAUUUUGAUUUUUUUUUUUUUUGUUUGUUUGUUUUUCUAAAGCUUGUAAAGAUAUAUUUAGGGUGAUGUGAGUUAAAUUCCUUUGAUUUUGUGAUAUGUAAAGAUGGACAUUUUUUAUAACUUAAGCAGUUAUUUAAGUGUCAUGGACCCAGAUGCUGUUCCUCAUAUCUCCCCAAUCUAAUCCCACCCACUAUCAACACAGUGCUUCUCAUUCAGAGGCCAACGCGUUUGAAAACGACUGGGUUGUCUCCUCGAUUGUGAAGUAUUUUUCCUCCCUUUAAAAUGAAUCCUUAGCAUUUUGAAAUACCUUUUAAGAAUGAACACGAGUUUUCUAGCAUUAUCUGUAUUGAAUGUGAGGCAUUUUCACGGUUUAGAAACCUCUGUAAACGCAGUGUGUAAUGAGUCGGGCAGCCUUGUUGCUUUUUAUUAGACUGUACUUUAGCCAUUACGUGUCAGCUUUUGCAGUGAAGAUCACAGUUGCGGGUUAGAGGGGCUGGACGACGGUGCUGUUAAGUCCUUUUGUUGUACCCUUCAGUGUGACACAGAACUGUAUUUUAUAAAGGUGAGAAUUUUAGAUGCUGCCUUAAAAGUAGUUGCUGGUGAGAUCCAGCCACUGGCUGGGGAAACGUCGUUCUCUUCAAGCUUAAUCCUUUGAAGAGUAAUCACUUUUCUUUUCUUUUUUUUCUUUUAGGGGGUGGGGGAGGGGGUUUAAACGAUUCAAUCAGAUGUUAAACACCAGUUGUGAGAGGAGAUAGUUGUUAUUUAUUCGUGUUUUUGUUUUUCUGGUGGACCUCGUGUUCGGUAACGUCGAAGCUUAAUCUUUUUAGGCUCUUGUUACCGAAACACUUAAUUAUUUCUAAGUCCGAGCUUUCUGAUUCAUCUGCUCAGUCUAAGCAAUGACUGUUUGACAAUGUAGCCUCACUGCCUUUAUAUGUGUGUGAGUGUGUGUGUGUGUGUGUGUGCAAGCAGGCCCUACUAACACUUGUAAUAACAAUUAGAUACUUUAGAUGGCGCCACUGCCAUGAUUACAGUGGGGGAAGGAGGUGCUUAGUUUCCUUAGUGGUGACACUAAUCGCAAAUACCUUUUAGUUGCCAGUUUGUUCAGUGGUUCUGGUCACUUGGCUUUAAACCUGGCAACCGUCUAGUCAUCUCCCUGACCUCCACGCACCCCUCCCCUCUGACUUGUUGUGUGAACGAGUAUGAGUGUGCGUGACUUUUAGAGACACCCUCUACCCAAACCUCAUCAUACCACAAUACCUCAGGGCAGUGGGACGUGUAUCCACUGUUGCAUUUAAUAUUGAAACUGCAUCGGGAGACGAGUACUGACAGAAGCUGCAGUCACUUCACUGAAUGUUCAUUUGGUUUUGGUGUUGCAUUUUUGGAUCUUUAUUCUUUACUUUUUUUUUUGUCAGUAACUGCAGGUGAAGUCUCGUCACUCAGGAAGCUGUGAAGUUUAAAAGUCUGCAGAACCUUUUGUCUCUCAGAUGAUUUUGGAGUUUAAUUCAGUUUAAUUGUUUAAAAAAAACUAACCUGAUCUGUGUAAAAACAGGUGCAUAUGCAAGUGGUUAUUGAAUACCUCAUUUAUCAAUUUUAUGUUGUUUCUGGCUUGUACAAUGCUCCGUAUAUUAAUUCAACUGUGGGGUUUGUGCAUAUUUUUGUACUGUUAUUAUUAUUAUGGAUGUGAUAAUAACAAUAUUACUGAUAUUAUAGUUUUCUCUUUGAUUAAAGUAAACAAAAAAAAAACAGGACAAAAUACAUGAAUGCUUGUAAAAACUGGUUUGUGCUGAUUGUAUUUAAGAGGAGCACUUUUCCAAAGUGGUUUUCACACAUUCAGUUUUGUUCAUAUUAGUAAUAUAAAGAUAUGGUUCUCAGGGCUUUAAACUUGUAUGUCAUGAUAAAGUUUUACUUUAUAUCUUA